UUUGUUGUCUAUGAUCUAAUUUCUCGCUUGCAUCACAGGAUUGCUAACAUAUGGGAUAUCCGUGCGGGUAGGCAGAUGCAUAAGCUCUUAGGACAUACACAAUGGAUACGGUCCAUAAGGAUGUCCAGUGAUACUUUAAUUACUGGUAGUGAUGAUUGGACAGCAAGAAUAUGGUCUGUUUCCCGAGGAACAUGUGAUGCUGUUCUAGCAUGCCAUGCGGGGCCAAUAUUGUGUGUUGAGUAUUCUCCUCUGGACAAAGGAAUUAUAACAGGGUCAACCGAUGGCCUUGUAAGAUUCUGGGAAAAUGAUGAGGGAGGUAUUAAGUGUGUCAAAAAUGUAACAAUUCACAAUGCUGCCAUAAUGUCUAUCAAUGCUGGGGAACACUGGCUAGGAAUUGGAGCUGCAGAUAAUUCUAUGUCUCUCUUCCAUCGUCCUCAGGAAAGACUUGGUAGCUUUUCUGGUGCUGGUUCCAAGAUGGGUGGUUGGCAGCUUUACAGAACACCACAAAAAACAGUUGCUAUGGUAAGAUGCAUGAGUUCUGACCUGGAGAGGAAAAGGAUAUGCAGCGGCGGUCGUAAUGGAAUUUUAAGGCUUUGGGAUGCCACCAUCAACAUCUGAUCCUGACUGAUAUCCCCGUGAAUUUUCAUGGGUGACACUUGAAAGAGAAGCUAAUUCGUGACGGCGAUAGCCUACAGGCUACAAUAUUCUUGUUUAUUCCCUAUACGUAUAUAAUAUGUAUGACGAGUUAAAACCGAGAAUGCAAUUUUGGUUAAUGUAAUCCCUCUGCCAACAGUUAAAUUGUUUGUUGUGUGUAGAGUUUGAUACAUCCUAAAUGUACAUACAAGGAACUAACAAAUACUGUUAUUACAGUAGGUAAAUUUUUGCCA